GAUUUAGGUCUAGCGCUGACAGUGACGGGAAGCUCCGCCGCCACCAUCUCAGCCCACAUCGCCGCCGUCUCCACACCACCAUGGCCGGCGCUGGAUCGAGUUCAUCCGCACCAGGAGAAGGAGGCUUUCACUUGAUGAGUUGCCUAAAAGAAGUUCCGACACUCAGAGGUGACAACCACACUGAGUGGAGGAAGAAAGUUGAACUGACAUUGAUUUGUGCUGAUCUUGACUGGCUUGUGGUGAAACCACAGCCGGUCAGACCCACAGAGCCAGUAAGAGAGGCCACUGAUGAUGAUGCUGCAUGGGCUAAAAAGAAGGGGGACUAUGCUCCUUUGGAGCACUCCUACCUCAUAGAUAACCAAAAGUGGGUCAAUGCAAACAAAAAGUGUAUGGCUUUUAUAAAGAAUACAAUUGAGAGCGCCAUUGUGGGCUCCAUUCCAGAGUGCACUUCCGCAGGGGAGUUGCUUACAAAGAUAAAGAGCCAGUUCACUGGCUCUUCAAAGAUCUAUGCCACCCAGAUGUUAGAGCAACUGGUGACAGAACGCUACACAGGUGGUAGUCGUGGAAUAAAAGAGCACAUCCUCAGGUGAGUAAUAUGGCAGCAAAGCUCAAGCCCAUGGAUGCGGAUCUGGAGAUCAAACCAGCACUCCUGGUCCACCUGGUCAUGGCUUCACUGCCACAAGAGUUUGCAACUUUUGUUGUAAACUAUAAUAUGUCACCUGGAACAUGGGACAUUGAAAAGACAAUAGCAAUGUGUGUCCAAGAAGAGGACAGACUCAAAGCCGCACAUGGUGGUUCAAUCAACUAUGUGAAGGAUUGGAAGAAAAAGAACUACAAUCAAAACAACAAAAGUUCUCCUUCAAAGAAUGGAAAAGCCCCCUAUCAGCAUCAGCAUCAGCAACAGCCUUUCUCAGUGGACAAAGACACGUGUCUCCACUGCAAGCAGAAAGGGCAUUACAAGAAAGACUGCGCUGCUUGGCUGAAGUCAGUCAUGGCAAAAAAAGGUAACAAUAUAGUUUCAUUUGUCAAUGAAUCCUUGUAUACAUAGUUUUCAAAAUCCACUUGAUGGAUUGAUUCCGGAGCAACUGUUCAUGUUGCAAAUUCUUUACAAGGAUUCCGUUCGACACGAACUACGCUAAGAAGCGAAAGACGCAUUGAAGUGGCAAACGGAGUUGAAGCAGAAGUUGAAGCUGUCAGUGAUAUCUUCUUGGAGUUAGCUGACGGAUUCAAUCUUCUACUUAGAGAUGUUUUAUUUGUUCCAUCAUGUCAUAGAAACUUAAUUAGUGUUUCUUGUUUGGACAAAGAUAAUUAUGAAUGUCAUUUUGGACAUGGCAAGUGUGCCAUUUGGUAUAAUAAUGCUUAUGUGGGUGAUGCUUUACUACAUGAUGAGCUUUAUUUGUUAUCACUUCGUGAAAAAGUUUAUUCUGUUUGCAAUGUGAAAGAAAAUGUUUCCGCGUCGAAUAA